CAUCAUCUGAUACUCGGUUAAUUAUGAAUCAGUGUUAGUAACACCUGAGAAAACACAUAUUUUCUUUCCUUGUGUUUUUGUAUUGGCAUCAAAAUAUUUUCUCAGAAGAAAAUGUAUACCAGGAAAGUUAAGUUCGAUCACUGUCUGCUGACAAACAGCUCUUUGAAAUACUGAAAUUCUACAUAAGCAACGCACUAGCACUAGCAUAUGUCUUUUCGCUCUGCUUUUACUGCUAUUUUAAAAUACUGCUGUCUUUUCAAGUGCAAACCAACAGUGACCGAGAACGAGACAGGCAAGUAAUUGCUCACAAGCUAUGCAUUCAGGAUCUCGUCAUACAUCCUCCGUGCAGCGUUGUUCCCGAAGUCAUAGUUUGGAAGGAUUCUGCUCCACGAAGAUUGGAACAGGGAGGAGAGGGGAGUUGGUCACACAUACUGAGUAGAAGAUCACACACUCACACUCUAGAACCAAAGACACAUCUAUAGAUGUGAGAAAUGGGAAGGGCAUUGGGUUUGCAAUAUUGCAUUUUCUGGCAGGCCUAGGUUAUUAUUCUAUAUGUAUACCAAACCAAAGAACUACUGUCAAAUCUACCAUUGGACACCACCAAUAUUCAUACCAAAGGGAUAGAAUAUUUCCAGGUAUCAACAGCUUCAGUAAAUAUUAUUUAGUGUAUUUAAUUGAUGCAAUGUGAGGUUUAACUUCCUUUGGUUGCUAUGUCUUUUAGCUAAGAGAUCGAUGGACAUGAAACUGGUUUGACUAAUUAUUGUUUACACAUUACAACCACCUGAAAUUAUAUUUUUAUCAGCAGUUGUUUUGGAAGAGUGAUUUUCAGAGGUUUUUUAAGACAAUGGUGUGGCAACAGGUUAACCCGAUCUCACAAAAGCAGGAGAUUUCUCAUAACGUUUCAAAAGACGUCUUUGGGAUGGUGUCUGUGAAAAAUAACAGCUACAGUAUUAUUAACAGAAUAUUGAGUAGAACAUCCAUGGGGAAUCUUCAGCCUAAAGAACACUCUUUAUGACAUCACUACCUUCAUAUGUUAAUGACGUUCUGUGGUUCAGUGUUUGCUGAUGGAUGAGCCAAACCCAGGCCUCAUAAUGGAUAGAGAGGGGAGUGAAUCUCUGGUGGUCACUCUUGUGUACAGUGAGGCCCCCCCCUCCCACCUGUCUGUGUCUGUGUUGAGGGCUUCCGGCCUCAGGGCUAAGACCUUCAGAGGCAGGAGUAACCCCUACGCUGUCCUACGACUGGGGCCGAAGGGAGCCUCCACCCCUGUCAUCUGCGACACACUGAGCCCCCGCUGGAACUGUGAGCUCACUUUCCCCCUUCCCCCCGGCCCCCAGGGCAGAGCCGCGGCAGCCUUGACCCUAACCAUCUACCACCGACGCUCCCUACUGGCUCUUCCCGAUAAGUUCCUGGGGUCACUGAGGUUAAGGCUGGAAGACAUCUACAGGCAGGAGGGGAAGAAAGAGUGGUUCAUUCUAAGUUCAGAGCCGAGAAAGAAACCAAAGAAGAGGGGGCAAGUGGAAUUGUCAUUCCGGUUCUACAGAGAGCCCAGUCCACUUUCCCCCCUCCCCCCGAAUCCUCAACCCCUCACCCAGAGCCACUCCCAACCCUGCACCCAGCCACCCAUUCGCUCCUCCCCACUCUCCCAACCCAGCUCCCGUACCCCUCAUUCCCAAUCCCACUGCUCCCCGACCCGCUCUCAGCCUCCCUCCAUCUGCCCGAAGAGUCACCUCAGCUGGGACAGAGACACACCCUGCUCGUCUACUUACGUUCAGCCGGUUGUGAGGCGUUGGGAGCCCGUCCAGCCAUCUUGUGGAGAGGAGAAUUCUGGAUGGCUGGACUGUGUUCCACCAUCUGCACCAGCAGGCCCUGGGGAGCCAGCAGCCAGCCCAGAUUGCGUCAGCACCACUACUUCUGGUGAUAAUGGAGACCUGGAGGAUGGACAGGAAGCCAGGCAGUGUCUUCUUAAGCACGGGGAAGGACCCAGCUCUGCCUCGUACCCCAUGGAGAAGCCAUCUACCGCGGAGAAUCCCACUGAUUCUCAUACCUCCUGUAACGUCCCGUUUCAACAUUCCCAACAAGGGAGGCUGCACAUGGACCCAUUCCGGUUCUCCUUCAGGUCCAAACUGAGGCGUCUUCGCUACAGGUUGGACUCAGGAGAGAGAGGGACCUUGAGACUCCCUGCUUGCUCUGCUGCGAUGUUCCGGUCGUCCUUGCCACCGUACGACAAAUUCCCCAAGAUAGAAGUGUCAGUGAAGCCUCGGGGUUUCUUUGCACAGCACUUCCCCUGUCUAGGUAGGAGAGAGUACCAAUAAAAUAAGUCAAGCCUGAGUGCAGACAGCCUAUAAUCUUCAUUGGUGUCCAGGUUAGGACAAAAAAAGUUACCCAUCCUUAAAAAUAGGCAGAACUUUCUUUGUCUUUGCAACCCGAAAGUUCUCUCUUGUUGCAAUUUACAGUUUGUUUGCGGUGUUUGUUAUCCAGAACACUUGUUGUGUUGUUUUGGAAAGGGAGUGACAGAGAGAAAGAGACAUUGCCUCAACACCUGAGGUGGCAAAUCUCUCACCUCCAGAGCUGCACCAGGUGUGACCAGGGAGACAAUAGGCCUAUAUAAUAAGGCUGUUGGUUUCAACUCUAAAGCCAAUCAGAGCAGAGUUUUAGCUGAAAAAGUAUUUGAAAAUAUGAAAAUAAGUAUUUUUCUCUCUGCAUUCUAUUACUUUUCAUUAUACCACCAGCAACUGUGAAAGGUUUAGGUUUUAUGUAUGCUAAGGAGUACAUUUAAAAAAACAAUAGGUAAAGAAACUUUGUGGCGGCAGGUUUCUGAACAGUAGUCCUUUUAGCGGGGAGAUUACUUUUUUAAACACACCCUGUCACCUGGGGAGACUUAUACAACAUACCAGGAGUCACAUCCGCCUAGACAACCUGGGACUGUGUCCCAAAUGGAAUCCUCUAACCAAUGCUUGUGAUGUGUGUUAUGGCCUUGGUCAGAGGUAGUGCACUAAACCUGGAGUAGGGUGCCAUUGAGGAACCAUCCUGCAGUGUAUUUGGUGUGGUGACGCAUUGAGGUAUCAGGAGAGCAGAGCAAUGUUUAUACCUUUUCACACGUCUGAUGAGUGAUACAGAAUAAAAAUUUUGGGCUGGGGGUAGAAGUGAAAUAAUUGAUUUGGACGACCGCCACUGUGCAUCAUGGUAACAGCUGUUGGACUGAAUGAUUACACCACCGCAACUUCUGAUGACUUGCUAGAAUGCACGCGCUGUAAAUCACAUGGCAUGUACACCUUUUAUUUAUUUUUUUAAACAGAAUUCACAUAUUUAAUAAUGACGAUACUGAAAGGAUUACUUUAAUACUCCACAAUCUGAAGAGUCUUCAUGCUCAAUACAACAGCAAGCAUUGCACACAUAAAGGCGAUGGCAACAGGCAAUCUGUCGGAAUAACCUCAACAGAAAUGAGACACAGACUUCACCAGGAAAUUAGCGCAAUGGCCCCCAAACUGAAAGGACCCAACCAACCAUACAGACAGUGUUUUCCUUCUUAGUAACAAUGGAUGCAAUGCAUACGGUAGACAUUGUUAGGAAUACUUUAGGAAUACCUUAUCAUGUUCAUUAAGAAUA